AUGGAAUUUAACAGCUUGGAUGUAAUGGGUCUGUUGACCUCCUUUGACCUCCCUUACAGUGAUCAACAGCAAGAAAUGGACUUUAUUUUCAGUAGGGAAGGUUACACACAACUAAAUAAGGGCCCAACUUUUUCAUUUCUUGAAGAUAUUUUAAUUUCACUGAGGCCCAUAAAGUGCAUUUUUGCCUACUUAGUGUUGGCCAAUUCAAAAUUGCUUCUUUUCAAGGAAAUUCCUCAGAUGAUUGUUUGGGCACCAUUUAGAAAUUUUACAAAUCUGUGUGUGGAUUAUGUUGGGUGUAAACUUGUCAUUUAUCUUUUUAAUGUGUCCCGGAGUGUUUCCCUCAGCAUCACCUGCCUCUUAAGUGGUUUUCAGGUCAUCACCAUCAGUCCCAGGAAUUCCUGGUGGGCAGAACUCAAACUCCAAACCCCAAAGUAUAUUGUCCCUUCCUGCUUCCUCUGCUGGUGCUUCUACUUGCUGAUAAAUUUUACUUUGCUUGGGGCUACCCAUAACUCAAGGUAUGUGACCAAUAAUACAGAGAUGUGGAAUCUGGGAUAUUGUUCAAUCUUAAACCCUACCUCUUUUAAUGCUGUACUUUUUGCAAUUAUCUUUUCUAUUCCUGAUGUUAUGUGUCUGGGAGUCAUGAUCUGGGCCAGUGCCUACAUAAUGCUUCUCCUGCACAGACACCAUCAACAAGUCCAACAUAUUCACGCUUCUCAUUUCUCUACCAGAACUUUCCCUGAGAAAAGAGCCACCCAUGGUAUCCUCCUACUAGUUAGCGCAUAUGCCUCCUUUUAUUCCAUGAAUUCUAUUUUAUCGUUGUACCUCUUUAAAAUUGAGAAACACAACCCCUGGCUCCUGACCGUCUCAUCCCUUCUUGCAGCAUGGUUCCCAGCUAUCAGUCCUUUUGUGCUGAUCUUCUGUGACUCCCAAGUCCGUAAACAUUGGAAUGCUCUGUGGCAUAGAAGACAUUCCAAGCAACACUUUCCUCAACCAUACCACCUGUCAACAUGCUGUCCUAACACUGUGACAAGAAAAUAA